CACAGUUUGGGUUUUACCAGGGUUUUGUAAACCCCUGUGCCCAAACAGUCGCCUAACACCCGCACACAGUUUUCUUGGCGAACAAGAACAACAAGUAGAAGUAGUAGUAGGAGAAGAAUAGAAAUCCCCAAAUCGCAGACUCAAAAUUCAAUCAAUCAAGCAAGAAUCCGAAAUCAUGAACAUAGCCAAGCAGAGCUCCAUCAAAACCCUAAGAUCUCUUCAACACCUAAGCCAAUUGGCACCCACUCGCAGAUGGAUUUCCAAUUCCUCUCCCUCCUUGAUUCUCAAACAGUCCUCACUCCUCUCCAACCAUUUAUCUCCUCCUUCUCGCUCCUCUCCUCUCCCAUCUCCACUCCCCUUCGCCGUACGCCAUCUCCGCACCAGUCGCGAUCCCAUUUCCAGGUAUGAGAUUGCACCUCCAAUCAAUUGGGGCAUACGAAUAGUACCUGAAAAGAAGGCUUAUGUUGUGGAACGGUUUGGAAGGUAUGUGAAGACUCUGACUCCUGGUAUUCACUUGUUGGUUCCGUUGGUGGAUCGGAUUGCGUAUGUGCAUUCUUUGAAAGAAGAGGCGAUUCCGAUUCCGGAUCAGUCUGCUAUCACGAAGGAUAAUGUUAGCAUCAUGAUUGACGGAGUGCUUUAUGUUAAGAUUGUGGACCCUCGGUUGGCAUCCUAUGGUGUUGAGAAUCCAUUGUAUGCGGUUAUUCAGCUUGCACAGACCACUAUGCGCAGUGAGCUUGGAAAGAUUACACUUGACAAGACAUUUGAGGAAAGGGACACUCUGAAUGAGAAGAUAGUGAUGGCCAUCAAUGAGGCUUCAAAAGAUUGGGGUCUGAAGUGCCUUCGUUAUGAAAUAAGGGACAUAAAUCCUCCUCGUGGAGUUAGGGCAGCUAUGGAGAUGCAGGCAGAAGCUGAACGCAAAAAGAGAGCUCUAGUUCUUGAAUCAGAAGGAGAACGACAGGCACAUAUUAAUAUUGCUGAUGGGAAAAAGUGUUCAGUGAUCCUUGCAUCAGAAGCUUCAAAGAUGGACCAGGUUAACAGAGCACAAGGAGAAGCAGCAGCUAUCUUUGCCAGGGCACAAGCAACAGCUGAUGGAAUUCUGAAGGUUUCAGAGUCCCUUAAAGAGCAUGGUGGAGUAGAGGCAGCAAGUCUAAGAAUAGCAGAGCAAUACCUCCACGCAUUCGGCAAUAUAGCCAAAGAGGGCACAACAAUGCUGCUUCCUACAAAUACUACAGAUCCUGCCAGCGUAAUGGCUGUAGCUCUCCAGAUGUAUAAGAACGUGAUUGGUGCUCAGUCUGCUGGCAAUGCACUUCAUCAGAUCUCCCCCCCAGAAUAUGAAGGAAAGAAGAAGAAUAUUACUUCCUUUGAUGAAAGUAGGAAUGAGAGUAAAGCAUCUAAUGUAGACCCCGUAGGUGAACCGACGUUUUCCCUCCAGAGCUCCAAGAAGGAUAAUCAAAGCUGAAGCAACUGAGCUCAUUCAGUAAUGGAAAGGUUUAUUGUGCUCGUCGGUUGUGUUCGCUUUGUAGACUUUUAGAUCAUACGGCCUUUCUUUUUCUAAUUCGGAAUCACUGCCUGGUUCUUUGGUUCGACAGUUCCGUGCUGACAAGACAAUGGGAAAGUAAGUUCAAAUCUAUGCCUCCCAAAACUUCGCUUAAGCUGAUCUAAUUCUGGGCUUUUCUUUUUCUUUUUCUUUUUAAGAGUGAAUUCUUAUUGCACAUUUGCUGUGGAGGUGAAUGUGAUGUCCUUUUGGUAACUAUUACAAGAUUUAGAGGAAGAAGGAAUUGAACAAUAUUCGAAACCAACGUUCUGUUUUUGGCCAAACUCUUUAUGGAUUCUCCUUUUUGCCCAGAUCAACAGGGAAGAUUUGAUUAA